CGCACGUUUGUCAAGAUGAGUGCAGAAGCAGGUAGUGGUCUGAAGGAGGUUUUAGAUGAACAUAAGAUCAGUCUUAGGAGGAGAUGUGAAUGUGUGGCUGAAGGAACUGAUGAAAAAGGAAGUGGAACCCUCCUCAACAGGGUCUACACUGAGCUCUACAUCACAGAGGGACAGAGUGAAGAGGUUAAUACCCAACAUGAGGUGAGACAGUUAGAGGCAGCUUCCAAGAAAACCUUUAGUGAAACUCCUAUCAAGUACUGCGACAUCUUUAAAGCCUCACCUGACCAACAGAGACGCAUCAGAGUGGUUCUGACCAAUGGCGUCGCUGGAGUUGGAAAAACCUUCUCGGUGCAGAAGUUCACUCUGGACUGGGCAGAGGGCUCCGAAAACCAAGAUGUCAGUCUGCUGGUUCUGCUGUCGUUCAGGGAGCUGAACCUGAUCAGAGAUGAGCAGUACAGUCUUCUCAGGCUGCUCCAUGUUUUCCAUCCAACAUUACAGAAGGUGACAGCAGAGAAGCUCGCUGUCUGUAAACUUCUCUUCAUCUUUGACGGCCUGGAUGAAAGCAGACUUUCACUGGAUUUCAACAACCAUGAGGUCGUGUCUGAUGUCACACAGGAGUCAUCAGUCAGCGUGCUGCUGACAAACCUCAUCCAGGGGAAGCUGCUUCCCUCGGCUCUCGUCUGGAUCACUUCCCGACCCGCAGCAGCCAAUCAGAUCCCUCCUUCAUGUGUCGACAGGGUAACAGAAGUACGAGGCUUCACUGACGUCCAGAAGGAGGAGUACUUCAGGAGGAGGUUCAGUGAUGAAGAUCGGUCCAGCAGAAUUAUCUCACAAAUCAAGACCUCCAGGAGCCUCCACAUCAUGUGUCUGAUCCCAGUCUUCUGCUGGAUCACUGCUACAGUUCUGGACCACAUGUUGACUACAGACCAGAGAGGAGAGCUGCCCAAGACCCUGACUGACAUGUACUCACACUUCCUGCUGGUUCAGACAAAGAGGAAGACGAAAAAGUAUGAUGAGGAAUGUGAGAUGAGUCCACAGGAGCUGACGGAGGCUGACAGGGAAGUUCUUCUGAAGCUGGGGAGGCUGGCGUUUGAACAUCUGGAGACAGGAAACAUCAUGUUCUACCAAGAAGACCUGGAGCGCUGUGGUCUUAAUGUCACAGAGGCCUCGCUGUACUCAGGAGUUUGUACAGAGAUCUUCAGAAGAGAGAGUGUGAUCUUCCGGAAAACAGUCUACUGCUUUGUUCAUCUGACCGUUCAGGAGUUUCUGGCUGCAGUCUACAUGUUCCACUGUUACACCAACAGGAACACAGAGGUCCUGAAGGAUUUCCUGGGGAAAGAGUGGGACUGUGCUGUUACUGAUUAUCCAAACUUGCAUGACUUCUUGAUGGGAGCCACAGAGAAAUCCUUUGAAAGUAAAAACGGCCACCUGGACCUGUUUGUUCGCUUCCUUCAUGGCCUCUCUCUGGAGUCCAACCAGAGACUUUUAGCAGGCCUGCUGGGUCAGACAGACAACAGCCCAGAAAUCAUCCAGAGAGCCAUCAACAACCUGAAGGAGAAGAGCAUGUACGAUAUCUCUCCUGACAGAAGCAUCAACAUCUUCCACUGUCUGACGGAGAUGAACGACCACUCAGUCCAUCAGCGCAUCCAAGAGUUCCUGAAGUCAGAAAACAGAUCAGAGAAGAGACUCUCUGAGAUUCACUGCUCAGCUCUGGCCUACAUGCUGCAGAUGUCAGAGGAGGUUCUGGAGGAGUUUGACCUGAAGAAGUACAACACAUCAAGGGAGGGAAGACAAAGACUGAUUCCAGCUGUGAGGAACUGUCGAAAGGCUCUGUAA